UGGAGCUCCGGGCCCGGCCGCUCCCCGAGGCGCCCGCGGAGCUGCAGCGGGAGCUGGAGCGGCUCCGGCUCGGCCGCGGCGGCCUGGAGGAGCAGAUCGCGCUGCUCAAGGAGCAGGAGCUGCAGCGACAUCCCAGCGGAACUUAGGGAAUUGCGGGAAUUCCGGGACAUCCGCAGGGACCGGCACAGCUCCGCUCAGGGAUGAGCGGGAUCCAUCCCCGAUCCCAAAACCCGCUGCAGAGCCUGGCAGAACUCAGGGAUGGGGAGAUCCAUCCUCAUCUCCAUCCCUGAUCCCAUCCCCGAUCCCAAAACCCACAGCAGAGCCGGGCAGAACUCAGGGAUGGGGAGAUCCAUCCCCAUCCCUGAUCCCAAAACCCACAGCAGAGACCAGCACAGCUCUGGGAUUGGAGGAUCCGUCCCCAUCCCCAUCCCCAUCCCUGAUCCCAAAAUCCACAGCAGAGACCAGCACAGCUCUGGGAUUGGAGGAUCCAUCCCCAUCCCCAUCCUCAUCCCUGAUCCCAAAACCCACAGCAGAGCCCGGCACAGCUCAGGGAUUGAAGGAUCCAUCCCCAUCCCUGAUCCCAAAACCCACAGCAGAGCCCGGCACAGCUCUGGGAUUGAAGGAUCCAUCCCCAUCCCCAUCCCCAUCCCUGAUCCCAAAAUCCACAGCAGAGCUGGGCACAGCUCUGGGAUUGGAGGAUCCAUCCCCAUCCCUGAUCCCAAAACCCACAGCAGAGCCCGGCACAGCUCUGGGAUUGGAGGAUCCAUCCCCAUCCCUGAUCCCAAAAUCCACAGCAGAGCCCGGCACAGCUCAGGGAUUGAAGGAUCCAUCCCCAUCCCUGACCACAAAACCCACAGCAGAGCCUGGCACAGCUCUGGGAUUGGAGGAUCCAUCCCCAUCCCUGAUCCCAAAACCCACAACAGAGCCCGGCACAGCUCUGGGAUUGGACGAUCCAUCCCCAUCCCCAUCCCUGAUCCCAAAACCCACAGCAGAGCCCGGCACAGCUCUGGGAUUGGAGGAUCCAUCCCCACCCCCAUCCCUGAUCCCAAAAUCCACAGCAGAGCCUGGCACAGCUCUGGGAUUGGAGGAUCCAUCCCCAUCCCCCAUCCCAAAACCCACAGCAGAGCCCGGCACAGCUCUGGGAUUGGAGGCUCCGUCCCCACCCUUGUGCUCCAAGCCCACAGCGAUUUUUGUCUCCGCAUUCCCUUUUCUCCAGGAACGGUUUUUGUCUCCGCAUUCCCUUUUCUCCGGGAAAACGCUGCACUUUUCCCACCAGCAGACACAAUUUCUCUAUUUUUGGUACAAUUUAGGACCUCAUGGAUGGUUCACCCAUUUUCCUGUUGUGUUUUUUAACCAAAAAACGGGGAAUAUUCCCUUGUUUUCACCCCAGAAGACCCAACUGAUCUAUUGCUCUUUAGCCUCCUAAUUUUCCCCCUUUUUCUAACAGAAAACUCCCCGGAUUUGUGCUUUUUGAAGGAUUUUUUUAGGAACUAGCGGGGUUUUUGUACAGAAUUUUUGGGAAUUUGGGGUUUUUACUGGUGCUCCGGGGCAGGCCGAGGUUGGGAAAGCCACGGGAACAGAGGGGGUGGCUCUGACCCCCCUCAGUCGUGUUGGGAAUAAACGUGGGAAAUCCAGAACUGGGAGUUCUGAGGGAUUUCUUGGGGGAAGUUGGCAUUUUUGGGAAUGCCCAGAUUUGAAUUGGGUUUGG